CCCGCACCGGCGAUCCCUCUAGCCAUUCGCUAAACCCCCUGCAAUCCACUGGAGCGGGUUCCACUAUGGGCUCAAUACCCACUGAGGAUCCGCUAGUCACCUCACGAUGCUAUAGCCAGCCACUUCCAGGUUGCGAUCGGCCAGCUACAUCGGUUGAGCUGAGAACAUUUUGAGGCAACAUUAAAAGACUCGACCAUCGCCCUUUUUUUUUCUUAGUUUGCUCGUAUCAUCAGUUCACUUCAAAGACCACAAACACCAUAGACAAGAUAUUAACUCGAUUCUUGUCAUCCUCUUCCCAUUCUCGCUUCUCAAAAUUUACCUCUCUGCAUCAAAACUCUACCCAGCAACCAUGCUCACAUCAACCUUCUUCCUCAGCCUUCUUGGCCUUGCAGCGGCCUCACCGGUCCAGCCUCACAUCAACGUGAACCCUCAAUACCCUUCUCGGUCGACAUCAAAGGGCUUCAAGCUCGUCGUCAACGUCACAGACCACUCCAAGGACUUUGACCCCCCCAUCCACAACACCGAGCUCACCAGCAUCCACACCGGAGCCGGCCUCGCCCUCGUCGGAGUUAUCGAGAAGGACGGCCGUAUCUUCUACCAAAACGGCACCAAGGAGGAGCGCCAAAACGGCGAGGCUACUGUCAUCAGCGACGGUGGCACUCCUUUGACUCCCAAUGGCAUCGCUCUUGUGGCCGACAAGAAGAAUAAGAACCUCUUCGGUGCUACUCUCAACUUCGAGCCCGGCACCCCCGGUGUUCAGUUGAACCAGCCCGAGGACCCCUACACAUAUCUGUUGCCCGAGACUUUUGUGGCGUGUAACAAGAGCUUGGAAUACUACCAGGGCAAGCACUUCAUCGUCAUUGAGCAGGCACACCUCACCAUCGACAAGAACAACAAGAUCCAGCGCAACAUCCCCAAGGGUUGUGCUCCCAUCCGCCUUGUGCCCCAGUGUGCCGAGUUGGAAACUCUUCCUAAGGGAUCGUACUCCAGCCACAAGUACGCUCUUGAGUCCAAAUGCUACAAGGAUGUUUCCAAGAUCCAGUGGGAGAAGUACAGUCCUUAAUUUGAGAUAUCUUGGUGAACAAUGAGACGGAAAUAAUGAUGAAUGGGUAAUGAUUGUUUUGAACAGCCAGUAUUACUAGGAUUGGCAUUAAUAGCCUUAAUAAUGUAUAACAGUUAUCUUUA